AUGGAAGUUCUAAAAACCAGGCUUGCUUUAAGAAAAACUGGUCAACUGGACAAUGGCCUUUUCCAUUUUGCUCAUAAAAUGUAUAAAAAGGAAGGAGCUCUUUGUUUCUACAAGGGAUACGUUCCUAAUCUAUUGGGUAUAAUACCUUACGCGGGCAUUGAUCUAGCCAUUUACGAGACACUGAAGAAGUUGUAUGUUCGGCGUCACAAUGGUGGCGCAGAGCCAGGAGUAAUUGCUUUAUUGGCCUGCGGAACUUGCAGCUCCACCUGUGGUCAGCUUGCCAGUUACCCUUUAGCUCUUGUGAGGACCCGAUUGCAAGCUAGAGCGAUUUCUGGAGAUCCUUUGCAGCCUGAUACUAUGACUGGUCAGAUUCGUUAUAUUUUGGGAAAUGAAGGUUUUUUUGGCCUUUAUCGAGGAAUAGCACCCAACUUUAUGAAGGUUAUUCCUGCUGUAAGUAUCAGCUAUGUCGUAUAUGAGCACGUGCGAAGGCAUCUUGGUGCCACAAUGUCGUGA